GUACAAAUCGAGGCGAUCUUUCGGACUGUCAUCAGUAUUUCCAUCCGUCUUCCGCCAUAUUGGACCGAACCCCAAUUUAAAACAGUGACAGCCGCUACGGCUGAAGUUCCUUGGAAACCUUACGCCCGUCCAGAUCGAAAACGAAAUGAGGGAGUGUCGCUGCUGAGCUUGAUGCAACAUCGCUGGCUAGUUCGGUUUCCCAUAGGCCGUUUUCUCCUCGCACUCGGCCAUUUCCGUGAGUAUUCGUGCACGCGCUACAUUUGCUACAUCUUAACUUGACGUAUGUGGUGCUUGCAUAGAUUUGGAAACAAAGUUCUCAUCAUUGAUGUUGGUGCAAUGAGUAGACAUGUGCAUUACGUAGAAUAAGCCCAAUUGCUGCUGAACUGAAACAAAACGUACAGGUUAGUUACACAAGAAAGACAAGCUCUUCUGUAGCCCAAGUUAAGCACAAAACACAAUAAAAUGUUCUGAAAUGAUGCAGACUGCUCAGACAGGCAACCUGAACCGAUGGACCUAAACUUCGGACUGUCACAGUGUAGAAUGAGAUUGAGUCGUCAGUAUCCUCUGCUGCUAUAUCACGCCCCCAUAUCCUAUCUCGAGUGCUUGUCCUUUGACUAACGUAGUUGCAAGAUGCGUCUUCUUGAUUCGGAAGGAUUCUGCAACAAUUCUGCCGGGACCAAGGCUAUUAUGUAAAAGAGCCUAAUGCAGGAACUGUAGCCUAUCUGCGACCGAACUAAGGCGAGUGUCCAAGGAAGCGUAGCCUGAGUUUAGUAGGUAGUUCUGAAAGGUUGCUCUAAGAAACUCGUCUUCGGAACACUGGGAUGAGUGCGACAGAGAGGACCUCCGAGAUUUCAUCAACUUAACGGAAUGUUUGGAGGAAGAGAAAUUCAGAUUCGGCGGUGAAAACGUCUACAUAUGCUAAAUGCGCCUAGACAGUCCCAGAACAAUGAGCAGUGGUUCUAGCAACUUUCUGCUAGUUCCCAUACCGGAGUAUCCCGUUCUGGACAUUGAUCCAAACAAAAACGUCAAGAUUGUCGUGCUCGGCGCAAGUAACGUGGGGAAAACAGCUUUAAUUGUAAGAUUUCUCACCAAACGGUUCAUCGGAGAUUAUGAGGCAAACACGGGAGCCCUCUAUUCACGAAAAAUCACCUUGGAUGGAGAGCAGGUCUCCCUUCAAGUGCAAGACACUCCAUGUGUCGCUCUCCAGGAUGAUGCAGAGGGUCUGUACUGCCAGGAACAGAUUAACCGAUCCAUCUACUGGGCUGACGGCUACGUUUUAGCAUUCUCCAUCACAGACCUUAGUAGCUACCGCACCAUACAGCCCCUGUAUCAGCAUGUGCGUCGCAUCCACCCCAGUGGGAACAUCCCCGUGAUCCUUGUGGGCAAUAAGAGCGACCUGCUGCGUGCCCGCCAGGUGCCCGCUCACGAGGGCGAGGCGCUCGCUGCUGAGCUGGGCGGGACAUACUUCGAGACGUCGGCACGGGAGAACCACGAGGGUGUCCAUUCGGCGUUUCUGCACCUGUGCCAGGAGGUCAGCCGUGCCCUCGGAGGUGGCAAUGGCGAGAAGAGGAAGGGCGGACUUCACCUGGCCAGGCCAAAGUCUCCCAACAUGCAAGAGCUUAAGAGGCGGUUCCGGCAAGUUUUGUCCUCAAAGGUGAAGUCUGCCACCACUUUAUAAAGGAACUGGUGUACCUUAAAGACUUGAAGCAGAGACUGAAGCGGGUUUUUCAUCAUCAGAAUAUACAUGUAGCACAGCUUUGAUUGUCUAUACAGAACAAAUAAGGACCUGUUGUUUUAGACGUAACAAAGUGGGAUUGACUGGUCAAGACUUCUCUUACAUUCUGUUAUUUCAUUGUCCAUAUUUGUCAGCAUGAUUCACUUUCAAGUAAUGUGAAAAAUCAAAGAGGUAUUUUUUGAGAGUGUGUGGCAGGGUGGAAUUUUCCGUUACUGGUGAAAGAUUUCUCCACCUUGCAAUCUACUAUUCUGUUACAGUCCCCUGAACAAUAAACAAUUCUGGAUCCAAACAUAUUUUUAGAAAUGUGUCUUUUAGAAACAACCAAAGCAAAUAAUCUACCAAGCAAUAAUAAUAAUAAAAAA